AUGGCUGCUUCUUACUCCCCGAAUGCAAUCAUUAUCGGUGCAGGCCCUGGUGGUAUCUCUCUUGCUUACAGGCUGCGGUAUGAGCUUGGGUUUGAAGACUUCCUUAUAUACGACAAGCUUGAUGGUGUUGGGGGGACUUGGAGAACAAACACAUAUCCAGGAUGUGGAUGUGACCUUCCAUCGCACCUGUACUCGUUUAGCUUCAAUCUCAACCCAAACUGGUCCAAAGAGCUAUGUGAGCAGCCGGAGAUCCUACAGUACAUCGAGGAUACGGUCGACAGGUUUGAUCUCCGCAAACACGUCAUUACUUCGGUCGAAUGUACAGGAGCGUCCUGGGACGAAGAAUGCCAGGAAUGGGCUGUCGCCUUGAGGGACAAUAAAACUGGACUUGAAUUUGUUAGACGGGCAACGAUCCUUGUUUCUGCUGUCGGAGCAAUCUCGUUCCCUCGGGAUAUUCAGUUUCCCGGCAUGCACCGGUUUCAGGGUCCAAUGAUGCACACCGCGCGGUGGGAUCAUUCGAUCGAUUACACUGGAAAGAGAGUGGCUGUCAUUGGAAACGGCUGCAGUGCCGCUCAAGUUGUGCCCGCGAUGGCCCAGAAAGCCGGAUUCCCCAAUCAUCAGUUCUCGGCCUUCGAAAAAUGGUCGUUGCGCUGGAUUCCUCUCCUGCAACGAUGGCUGCGACUGCGUAUAUUUCUUCAAGCAGAGGCUGAAUCCGAUACAUACUUUCCCUCUCCCGAGGGCAUCCAGGCACGCUUGGAAGCGGAAGAAGAGUCAAAGAAAUAUAUCCAUUCCCGAACACCAGGCAAAUAUUGGAAGUUCAUUGUACCGGACUUCCCUCUCGGCUGCAAGAGAAGAAUCUUCGAUCCAGAUUACUUGGACUCCCUUCAUCGCAAGAACGUGGAGCUCCGUAAUGAGGGCAUCCAGGAGUUCACUGAGCGAGGCAUCAUCGGGACGUCGGGUGAUGAAUUCGAAGCCGAUAUUAUUAUUCUUGCAACGGGCUUCCAAGUCUCGCAGUUUCUAACCCCGAUGGAAAUCACGGGACGACGUGGCGCUUCGCUGAACAGGCAGUGGGAGGAGUCGCGAGGCGCCCAAGCAUACUUCGGCACAUACGUCCACAAUUUCCCGAAUAUGGCUAUUAUCUUCGGACCCAACACCUUCCCAGCAAACAACUCCGCCCUCUUCGCGUGCGAGACUCAAGUCGCAUACGCCGUGAAAUCGCUCUUCACUCCGAUCCUAGACCGUUGCGCUUCUAUGGUCGAAGUGAAGCAGUCGGCCGAAGAAAAGCACACCAAUCUCAUACAGCUGCGUCUGAAAGAUACAGUCUUUGCGGGUGACUGCUCGAAUUGGUAUAUCGGGAAGCAUGGGAGGAAUGCGGCGUCCUGGCCCGGUAGGGCUGCGUCGCUGUGGAUGGAAACUUAUUUUCCCGAUUGGAGCGCUUUCACCUUGACUGGAGGGCUUUGGACUUGGCCGCUCUAUCGACUGCGUAGGUGGUUGAGGGUAAGGUGGUCGGUUAGGUUGGGUGUUUUGCUGGCGGGAUUGGCACUGUUGAGUGCCCGCAAGGGGUAUGGGUGGGUGUUUGCGAGGAGGGUCUUGGAAGAUAGGAUUAAGUGGCUGGGACUUUGA